CAGCACACAGGUGGUACAUGUGACCUUUGAUCCAAGAACAGACGUCUGGGGGAAAGAGUGCCAGAAAGCCGAGGUGAAAGCAUCGUCAAGGUUUUACUAAAGCUCAUCCUCUCUCUGAGAAAUCCCACCAUGGACACCAGGUUUGGCACGCUGUGCACUGCUGUGGUGUUUGCUGUGUUCGUACGCUGGGCAGUCUCGCUGAACUCCUACUCGGGCAUGGGGAAACCUCCGAUGUACGGGGACUACGAGGCACAGAGACACUGGAUGGAGAUCACCACCAGCCUCCCCCUCAAGCAAUGGUAUUUCAAUGGCACAGACAAUGACCUUCUGUACUGGGGUCUGGACUACCCACCGCUGACUGCCUACCACAUGUGGCUGUGCGGAAAGGUUGCCGGAUGGAUCAACCCCGAUUGGACAGCCCUCUUCGCAUCCCACGGAUACGAGAGCUACGAGCAUAAACUUUUCAUGAGAUACUCUGUGCUGAUAGGAGAUAUCGUCAUUUACAUCCCUGCUGUUUUGCUGUAUUGUUUCCUGCAGAAGAAGUUAAGCCACCUACAGAAGGUGCUACUGAGCUGUGUGUUGCUGCUAUUUCCAGGCUUGAUCAUUAUUGACUAUGGACAUUUCCAGUACAAUAGUAUUAGUCUAGGUCUAACGUUGUGGGCUGUGAUAGCAAUAAGUCAUGGGCAUGAAGUGAUAGGUUCAGCUGCAUUCAUGCUUGCUUUAUGCUACAAGCAGAUGUCUCUCUAUCAUGCCAUGCCAUUCUUCUGCUACCUACUGGGAAAGUGUUGGGAACAAAGGUGGAAGAAGGGUUUUGUUUCCCUCUGCUGUAUUGGUGUAAGUGUGUUGGCAACAUUCACCUUUGUGUGGCUCCCUUUUCUCACUGAGAAAGAUCUCUUCCUCCAAGUCGUUCACAGAAUCUUCCCCGUCGCUCGUGGUGUGUUUGAGGACAAGGUUUCUAACUUCUGGUGUAGUUUGUCAGUUGUUGUGAAGUUUCGUAAUUUUAUGUCCCAGGAAGGCCUUUUGUCAUUAUGCCUCGCUACAACUCUUCUCGGCCUAGUACCAUCCUCUCUGGACCUCCUAUUCCGUCCUUCCAUCGCCAAGUUCAAGCUAGCCCUCGUAAACAGUUCUCUGGUUUUCUUCCUAUUUUCCUUUCAAGUCCACGAGAAAUCCAUCCUCCUCCCAGCCCUCCCUGUCUGCCUCUUGUUGCCAUGGCGACCGUUCACCUCCACCUGGUUCCUCACCAUAGCAACCUUCAGCAUGCUUCCCCUGUUGAUCAAGGACGGCCUCGUCAUCGCCACCCUUGUAACCUCUGUACUCUUCAUCAUAGCUGUUGAGUUAGGGCUACAAGGGGUAUCUUCUGAUCCAACGAUUGGCUGUCCUGUAUGCAUGUGGUCCUCUAAAAAUCUUCCCUGGCUCCCUCAUAGGAUGUUUUUCUAUGUGGUGAAGUCAGCAUUUUAUGCUUCUCUCAUGGGGGCUCUUUUCCUGGGUCUGUUAAGUGUUGUCAUCCCCCCGCCCUCCUCACUACCAGAUCUUUGGCCUGUGUUGAUAUCUGUGUACAGCUGUUUGCACUUCAUAGGUUUUACCCUGUAUUACCACAUAGUACAACUCAUGGCCCCUGGUGCUAAAGAAACAACAGCACAGAAGGCAAAGAAGACGCAGUAAAGAUGGUUUACUAUUAGAUAAUGUCUAAACAGAUCUUUUGACCAAUCAGUGUUCAGUACCAAUGGAUACUGUCUUUCCAACCAAAACCUCAUCUUUAAGAUUAUGAUGUGAUUUGUCAUAAUGCGGGUCGCUUUACAGAUGUUAGAGUUUUUUUCACAAUUUUCAUUGAUUUCUUCUGUGUUAGAAUACAUUAUAUUGAUAAGAUUUAAACAUGAAUUGCUUAAAUGGAUGAAGUUUGUUGCUCAAUUCUUAAGUUCUUUUCUAUACAUCAUUCCGUACCACAUACUUUUUGGGUAAAGGAAUUUAUUGAAAAAAAGGUGGUGCGAAUCUUUUCAUUGAUGUAAAAUGCUGAUUACCAUAUGUUAUCACUCUGUGUGUCAAUCAUGCCAAAUUAUGGUCUGCACUCAUGAAAAUGCCCAGUACAUUGAUUUAUACUCUUAAAUGUAAGAGUUUUGUUGCAUUAGUACUUGAUUAAAGGCAGCUGCUAUAAUGAAAUAUGAUUAAACAUUGAGAACAUAUUUUAUGGUUAUUCUUGAUCUACUUCUGUUGCUAUAUGUUUUCACACAAGUAAGAUACAUGUUUCCACUAACAACCCAAGUGAUUUUCAUGUAAAUGGAUGAUAGUAGUAUGGUUAAAAGUGAACAUCACUCAUUACCAACCACACAAAUAGACCAGACAUGUUUUAUUUGCUAGGUGAGUCUACAAUCAUUAACUGUUUGGGACAGGUUUGAAAUUCUGUAUGACGCUGUAUUAUUUUCACAAAUAUAAGUGUGUUAUUGUAAUGACAAAAAAAAGCCAAUUGUGCAAAACGUCUAUUCUGAAUGUCAACUUUGCAAUCAACAGGUAAAAUAAUUUUGAUUUACUGGUGUUGAAUCUUUGUUGCUGUCUUUACUAUCCAUUGAUGGAAUUAUGAAAUAGUACAGCAGUUACAUCAUGUGUCAUUGGAUAUCUUAAUGAUGCAUACAACUUGUUUUGUCUUUACCAUGGGUGAAUUUCAUUUCCUUUACAAUCUCUAAGAUGUUACUUAUUGCUGAAUAUUAAACAUUUCUGUUUGGUU